UGGCGCAAGUCUUGGGAUCGCUCCGCUGAAUCCGCCUGCGCGUCGCCACCGUCGCCGCCGCCGCCCCCCGUCCGGGCCCCCCCCUCCCUGGGUUUCCUCAGCCCAGUCCGGUCCAGCCCGGUUCCCGGGAGGAUGAAGUUCGUGUAUAAGGAGGAGCAUCCGUUCGAGAAGCGCCGUUCUGAGGGCGAGAAGAUCAGAAAGAAAUACCCGGACCGGGUCCCGGUGAUAGUAGAAAAGGCUCCCAAAGCUCGGAUAGGGGACUUGGACAAAAAGAAAUACCUGGUGCCUUCUGAUCUCACAGUUGGGCAGUUCUAUUUCUUGAUCCGGAAGCGAAUUCACCUCCGAGCUGAGGAUGCCUUGUUUUUCUUUGUCAACAAUGUCAUUCCACCCACCAGUGCCACGAUGGGUCAGCUAUACCAGGAACACCAUGAGGAAGACUUCUUUCUAUACAUUGCCUACAGUGACGAAAGUGUCUAUGGCCUGUGAAGCUGCUGCGCCUGCGGUGGGGGGGUCCCAUUCUACAUAGAGAGAGAUGGCCCCCCCUUCCCUGACUUCUUCCUUCAGGACCUGUACUUCCUAAUGUUUGAGGCUCUUCUCCAGAACCUCCAGCAGGGGGGUUAAUGGGGGUGAUGGCCUCUGGUACCUCUCCUUUCUCCUGCCUUCUCCUUUCUACCACCUUUCCCACUCUGCUUUAGACUUCUUGAUUGUCAGUCUCUGUCACAUCCAGUGAUUGUUUUGGUUUCUGUACCUUUUCUAACUGCCCAUGGAGCUCAGAACCCCAAUACUGGUUCCCUUUCACUGUCUUCUUGUGGGGUAGAUGGAAGGGGAUGAAAUUGUGGGGGGGGGGGGGAGGUAAGAGGCACAUCAAUAAAGAGGAAACCACCAAGCUGAA